UCUCAGGCAGCCUCUGCCGCCUCUGCAUGGCUGCGACCCGGCGAGCGAAGAGUCAUCGCCGCUGAGACCUGGUGCCCUUCAACGGCCUGGCUGAUCUGGGACCCUGCUGCACAGUGUGCCCCACCGCGGGCCCCCAGCUCAGCCAUGCUGGCCUGUCUCCAGAGGACCCAGAAUCCACCGGGCCAGCACCUGGCCUGCCCGAGCAAGAGCCUGGAUCUGCGCAAGUGUGAGACGGCGGCCAGCUCCAUGCAUUCGUCCCGCUACCCGAGCCCGGCCGAGCUGGACGCCUAUGCGGAGAAGGUGGCCAACAGCCCACUGUCCAUCAAGAUCUUCCCCACCAACAUCCGGGUGCCCCAGCACAAGCACCUCGGCCGCACCGUCAACGGCUAUGACACCAGUGGCCAGCGCUACAGCCCCUACCCACAGCACGCUGCUGGCUACCAGGGCCUACUGGCCAUUGUCAAGGCCGCUGUGUCCUCUUCUGGCGCCGCUGCACCCUCCGGGCCCGCCAAGAGCGUGCUCAAGAGCGCCGAGGGCAAGCGGACCAAGCUGUCGCCGGCUGCCGUGCAGGUGGGCAUCGCGCCCUACCCGGCGCCCAGCACUCUGGGGCCCCUGGCCUACCCCAAGCCCCCCGAAGCACCUGCCCCGCCGCCCGGCCUGCCCGCGGCUGCUGCCACUGCUGCCUCUGUCAUCCCCCUGCCUGGCCGUGGCCUGCCCUUGCCGCCUUCCAACCUGCCCUCCAUCCACAGUAUCCUGUACCAGCUCAACCAGCAGUGCCAGGCCCCGGGCGCCGCGCCUGCCACCUGCCAGGCUGUGGCCGGUCCCCACCCCAGCCCGGCCAAGCAUGGCCCCGUGCCCAGCUUCCCCGGCAUGGCCUAUGCGGCCGCUGCUGGCCUGCCUGACUGCCGGAAGGGCGCCGAGCUGGGCCAGGGAAGCGCAGCGGCCUUGACGUUGGCUGGGGCCACCAAGCCUGCAGGGUACGCAGAUGGGGGCCUGGAUUACCUGCUGUGGCCGCAGAAGCCGCCCCCGCCACCGCCCCAGCCACUGCGGGCCUACAGUGGCGGCACGGUGGCCAGCAAGUCCCCGGAGGCCUGCGGGGGGCGGGUUUACGAGAGGGCCGGUGGGUCGCCCCUCAACUGCGGCCUGGGGCUGCCCACUGGCUUCACCGUGGGCCAGUACUUCGCCGCCCCCUGGAACAGCGUGCUGGUGACCCCCACCAGCGACUGCUACAACCCGGCAGCGGCUGUGGCAGUCACCGAGCUGGGGCCGGGGGCGGCCCGGGAGCUAGCAGGGCCCCCCGCGGAGGCACUCUCGGGCCUGCCCAGCAAGAGCGUUUGCAACACAGCGGUGCUGAGCAGCAGCCUGCAGUCGCUGGAGUAUCUCAUUAAUGACAUCCGGCCGCCCUGCAUCAAGGAGCAGAUGCUGGGCAAGGGCUACGAGACCGUGGCCGUGCCCCGGCUGCUUGACCACCAGCAUGCCCACAUCCGCCUGCCCGUCUACAGAUAAGGCCCGCCCGGCAGCCACACGGACAGACGGACAGGGCGCCGAGCGGGGAGGCAGGCCGUGGAACAGGGUGGGCAGUGCACAGGGGUGCCCAGCCUCACCCUGGGCCCGAGUGCCCAUGGAUGCCCACAGGGAAGCCAGGCAGGCUGCUGCCACGCAGCCACCUAAUGGGGAGGAACACGACGGCCAGGCUCCCCAAGGCCCCUCCCUGCCACCGGCUGCCCUAGGACACGGGGAGGGCCCAGGGCAGCUGCUGACGUCCACCACUGCCUCCAUCCAAGCCAGCAGAGGCAGGGAGACAGAAACCACUUUAAGACAGGAAUGGUUCUUUCUGGCUUUCCCAGGAGAGGAGCUCAGGCCAGGGUGGGAUACAGGAGGAAAUGUGACAGUCUAGAGUCAGGGGGGGGUCAGACA